GCCCGCCCGGCUUCCACCUUCAUUUAUUAUUUUCCUCCCCUACUUAUCGAUUCUCGUAUUGAUCUUGAGUCAGUUAUCACCUGGCUUGUCGCGGGUCUAUCGUCUGUGUCCCACAGGUUAAAUCGUCCGCCAAGUCGAUCGUGAUAUUAUCAUCAGUGCAUUCUCCGUGGUGACGUAUUAUCACCGAACCCUCGAGCAAAGCAGCGAGAGACGCGCCUGCAACGUGGCCGACGUUCUGGCGUCGCAUCCUGCUUCACAUCACCUCGGAAACUGCUGCCACAACAUUCAACUCUCAGCUCUAGUUUAAUAUUUGACCAACCUGACCAUUCAUCAUGGCGCGCUUACUGCCAAAGAAGAACAAUCCCCACAUCCUCCCAUCUGAGACUCCCACCUACGAGGAACUCUUGCGGUGCCGACGUUUGGGAAAAACAAAUCUCACGGUGAGACCUACAGUGAUCGGCACGUCGAAUGCGACAAAGCCGGAGAACCUUGGACCCUUCGAAUAUGCGCAUUUGCGCGUGAAACUGCCCAGGGACCUUAAAGGCUCUGAAAUAUUUCCUUCACAUAACACCCAGCAACAACCAGAGACGUACUUUUUGAUGCGACGCAGCAAAGAUGGAUACGUGAGCGCUACUGGAAUGUUUAAGAUUGCCUUCCCCUGGGCAAAAUUGGAGGAGGAGCGGUCUGAGCGUGAAUAUGUGAAGGCUCGUAAGGAAACCAGCGAGGAUGAAAUCGCUGGAAAUGUUUGGAUCUCGCCAAUACUAGCUCUCGAGUUAGCAAAGGAGUAUCAGAUGUAUGAUUGGGUGCGAGCAUUGCUUGAUCCCACCGAGAUUGUUCAGACCCCAUCCAGUACGAAGAAGCACAUGCAGAUCACCCCACCUCCUCGAUUUGAUCUGCCCCCGAUUGAAGCUCCAGCCCAGCUUACUGCGGCGCCGCGCCUGCGAAGAGGCCGGUCUGCUUCCCCCAGCAAAAAACUCCCUUCCCCACAAAAGCUUGCUUCCCCGCGCAAGGCUAGAAGCACAAGGGCUAGGGACGUCAAGGAGGUGAAGGAGGCAACCAGUGAGGCAAAUGCAAACCUCCAGUCUGCUUUGGAUGCUACGACCGAGUCCGGAUCGGUCAAUGGCACCAUUCAACCCAGUGUGGAACGCGAUGAAGAGAGGGUGGCCCCUACUCCUAAGAAGUCUGCUUCAACACCAAAGGCCACGAAGACACCCAGAGCUACUCGGGCGAAGGAGCUCAAGGAGCUUAAGGAGCUCAAAGAGGUCGAGGAGGUUGAGGAGACCAAGGAGGAGAAUGUCAAAGUGGAGGUUGAAACCAAUGCCGACGAAGCCCAAGAUGUGCAAACGACCCAGACCACCGUCGCGGUGGAAUUACCUGUUUCUCUCCUUCCUGAUGCUCCAUCUGCGGAAGAUACCGAACAAAUGAUCGCCGAGGCUAAGAAAAUGGUAGAAGAGGCGGCUAAGGUUCAGAGCACAGAGGAGGAGCCCGUGCCAUCGUCAUCAAAGGCUGCUAAGAAGCGCAACAUCGAAGAAGCGCUCAGUGACGACGAGGAGGACGAAGAAACAAAGGCCCUGCGGACUAAGAGGGCAAAGGUUUUGGAAGAGAAGUUGAAGCGUGAACGUGUUAGGAACCGCGCUCUUGUCGGCGUCACUGCUGCUUUUGCACUUGCGGCUUCCAUUCCUUAUUUCUUUUAGAGGUUCUAUUACCAACUGUAUUGGGCGCCUUCCUAUGGAACAAUUGUCCCGAGUGACCGUCGCGUUUUCCAUCGAUGAACACUUCCUUUCCCGAACCUCAUCCCCAUUCACCUUCGGUUCUAGAUUGUUCCCUCCUUUCCCCAGGAAAGGGAUCUAGUUCUCUCGACCUGUAUACCCUCUCCUGCAACCCCUCUUCUAGCUGUAUUGUGGUUUUACCCUCACAGAGCUUCCUGAUGUAUCGUAUUUACACCUUAACCCUUUCUAAUUUUUGCGCUUUGGUUGCAAGAAGGAGAGCCCUUUUCUCGGAAAUGGUGGUCAUCGAUCGGCUUUUUGAUUCCGCCCGGUGGUCCUGGAGAUCAAAACACUCUCUACAUGCGCAUUCUCCUAUUUUUCCUGGAUACCUGAUAUACUAACUAUAAUCCUUUGUUUCUUUUCGCUGCCUCUAUUGAUCGGAUGGUUUUUGAUGGGCACUCGGGAUGGUCUCUUAUGGUUCGGUAGCACAGGAUGUGAAAUGCAAAUGCAAUAAAAAAUGAGAUGAUGUAGCCAUGGUGUUCUAUGCAGGCUGUUCUCUAUAACUCUGUAGAAGUAGGGUUUACUGCAGAGUAG